AUGACGAUUGAAGGAGGACUUCGACCGACAAAGAUCGUAUGCAGACUUGAAGCGAAAGGAUAUUGUGUUCGAGUCUAUCGUUUGGCUUUGCCGCCGGAGAUGGAGCGCUUCCACAACGUUUUUCAUAUGUCGAUGCUUAGGAGAUAUUGUUCGUACCCAUCCCACGUUAUUCCUUUGGAACAGAUCGAGGGAGAAAGCACUCUACAGGCAGAAAGUUUUGCUUCAUCAUUACGACCCUCUUCUUCUCAUCAAUCUGCUGCUACUCUCUCGGUAAGCUUCAUUCUUGCAUCAAAUUGUGCGGCUGGGGUUGCUGUUGCUUAUCACCGGACGGCUGCUUUCGUAGAUGAUGUUGUGAUUGUGGCGGCAUGCCACACUGCAAUAUGCAAGGCAAAACGUGGAGGCUUCAAGGAUACACUUGCAGAUGAUUUAAUUGCCUCUGUUUUGAAGGCUUUGAUACAUAGAACUAAGCUGAACCCAAGUGAAGUUUCUGAUAUAGUUGUCGGUACAGUUUUGGCACCUGGCUUGCAAAGAGGAAUCGAGUGUAUGAUGGCAGCAUACUAUGCUGGUUUCCCUGAUACGGUGCCUAUUAGAACUGUCAACAGGCAGUGUUCAUCUGGCCUACAAGCGGUUGCCGAUGUUGCUGCUUUUAUAAAAGCAGGAUAUUAUGAUAUUGGCAUUGGUGCUGGAUUGGAGAGCAUGACAAUUGAUAAAGUGGUUCCUGGAGUUCCCAAAGUUAACCCAAAGUACCAUGAAAAUAAAGUUUGUAUUUUACUAGUUAGGACCUUUUUUUACAUCUUGUUAACAUCCAACUGCAUUAUUUUUUACAGACAGAGGCCUUUGUCCGAGCCCAGUAUUUGCUUCUGUAUUCCAUUAACUAUUCCUUUUGUUUCUUUGUUGCAGAAAAUUUGCUUAAAUAAAUUGAUUCACUCCGGGGAACUCCAAUCGGUGCAGGAGAUCAUGGACUUCGCAUGGCUCAUCAGUGCUGACUUCCGAUCUGUUGUCAACAACUUUGAUUUGCCUUUGCCCUCCCAACCAGUGAUCAUUGGCAAACGGUGA